AUUACAGCCAAUCCCCAUUGUGAUGAGAGCCGAGGUCCUUGUCGAGGAGUUCACAUUGCCUAUGUGUUGCACAACACAAGGCAGGUUGUAGACAACUUGUACAGCUUAUACUGACCGUGUCGGACCACAGUUAAUCACCAGUCUGUAUGCAGAGCCUGCACAUCGCAGCAGGACAAACUCACUUCCUCCUUGGGUGAGGUGACUGUGAAGGCCACGUCUCCUUUUAGUCUGUUACUGGGUGGAGUACAUGACGGGUAGCUGGGAGGUGGGUUUGGGAUUGUGUCACUCUAGCAUCCUGUUUUCCCAACUUGUGGUCUGUCAACUUACGGAACUACAUGAUGGAAUGAGUGCUGCCCCCCCUACUGAGGGAUAGCCAGCCUUCCUCCCCCAAGACCAACAUGGACACGAUGGCAGAGUAACGUGUAGCAGGUCUUCUGCCAUACUGCCCAUCUUACCACCACCAGUCCAUCACCAUGGAAACCAGAUGAAGAUGCUGGAAUAUACCUGUGAUAUCUAGGAUCCCUUCACAUUUUUCCCAAGUGGAAAGACGACCUGAUACCACCUAUCAGACCUGUGAUCCAAUCACCGCUUCCAUAUAAGGGAACUCUGAUUUCUAUCUGAACAAAUCUACUUCUGCUGUUGCUGGUGUCUCCAUUCACAGCAGUCAAUCUAAGAAGAAAAUUUUUUGUUGAAUAUAUUGGCGGUCUAGUUUUCAAUUAUUUCAACACAUAUGUUGCAAUCGUAGAAGUGAUGUUUUUGGACGGUGACGUUCAUAACUGUGUUGAAACUAAGCUGGUGCGUGUGAUGUUAUAACGCUGCAGCUGGCUUUGCAUAUCUGUGAUUUCUGAAGUGUGGUAGCAGACGACAGUUUACGAUGAGGAUCUACCCGCGCCGCGUCUUCCGAUCCAUCCUCAUGGUGGCCAUGUUGCUUUUCGUCAUGCUCAAUUUGCAUAUCCUGAUGACGUCACAACCAGAUGGCAUCGGGGAAUACGACCAUCAGAUCAUCCUUCAAGGUCACCACCGUAGUUUAGGUGAAAUGCACGUGCAAUUUGGAGAACCCGUAGGUUACCCGUAUUCCAAUCUACCCCAGUCUACACGAGCAAAACUCGUCAUUCCACCCAAAUCGGGGGACUACAACAAUGCUACUAUUUCAAUCAAUCGCAAUAUAGACACAGCAAAUAUCAGCCUUAUCAAGGCUGAAAUAGCCAAAAUUAACAAGGCCCAAAAGAUUCAUAAUUUGGAUCGUUUCGGUUUGAAGUUGGACGCAGAGAGUGUUGUCAUUGUUGUGCAGGUGCAUGAUCGCCAUGACUACCUCAGGAUAUUAUUAGACUCAUUGAAGAAAGUGCGUAAUAUACACAAGACGUUGUUGAUCAUCAGCCACGAUGUGUAUGCGGAGGAGCUGAAUGAGUUGGUGGAGAGUAUAGACUUUGUCCCAGUCAUGCAGAUAUUCUUUCCCUUUUCUCAACAAAUAUAUCAAACUGGGUUUCCGUCAGAGCAUCCAAACGACUGUCCCAGAGACAUUAAAAAGGACCAAGCUUUAAAACGCAACUGUAAUAAUGCUGCCCACCCAGACAAGUACGGCCAUUACCGGGAAGCCAAGUACUGCCAGGCCAAACACCACUGGAUGUGGAAGCUUCACCACGUGUUUGAGGACCUGGAUGUGAUGAAGGACUACGAGGGGAUGGUGCUGCUGCUGGAGGAUGACUACUACGUCACAGAGGACGUCCUCACCAUCCUGCAGAUGAUGCAGAACCUUGCUCACAAGGACUGUAAAGACUGCCGUAUGCUGGUCAUCGGCAACUACGACAAGGUGCAGAACUACCAGGCCAACUCCGGCAAAGUUGAGAGGGCCUACUGGAUUUCCUCCAAACACAACAUGGGGAUGGUCUUCACCAGGGUGUUGUGGAAUGAAAUCAAGAAAUGCUUUAGGGAGUUCUGUCUCCAUGAUGACUACAACUGGGACUGGACUAUCCAGCAUCUCAGCAUGAAGUGUAUUCCCAACAAGAUCCGGACCAUCAAGAUGAAAGCAAGUCGGAUCUUCCACAUCGGUGAAUGUGGGAUGCACAUGAAGGGCAAGAGCUGCAAUCCUGGGGGCAAGCUGAAGAAAGUAGAGGAGCUAAUUGCUAAAAACAAACAGUUUCUGUUUCCUAAUGUGCUAUCAGUGGCAGGGGACUCCCGUUUCAAACUAAGAGACCCCAAAGCUAAUGGUGGAUGGGGUGAUCAAAGGGACCAUGAAAUGUGCCUGAGUUUCUUGUACAGAAACACCACACUUAGGUGAUAGUUGGAGCAGACGUCACAGUCGGCCAUCUUGGAUUUCAGAAGCUGGACUCCCGAGAAGGAAGGACAUAUACUUUGAACAAUUGUAUUUACAAGAUUGACAAUAACAUUGUUCCAUUUCAAAUAAUAUGAUUAUCACCCGGUAAUGUGGUGAAUGUUUCAUCCGAAUAUUUUGUCAUCUUAAUGUACGAGGUUGUGUCACAGGACAAGCCAGAUUUUGUGGGGCUUUCUCUCCAGAUGAUGUGGAUUAAUUUAUCAUGAGAUCUUUUCAAGUUAACGAAGUCAUCUUGUUCCGGAGAGAAUGAUCAAAUCAUUUGUGUUGAAAUGGUAGCAACCCUCAGUAUUUUUCUAGAAGCAUGUGUAAGCUUGUCAUGCAUCCGUAUGCCUGGUAGUAUUACUUGUUCUUUCAUCACAAAUGCAAUAUUUUCUGAUGGAAUAGAAGACUUGUUUGUUAAGGCCGACCAUGUCAUAUUCUGGGAGGGGGACUGGGAUAUUAAUAAUUCCAGAAUAUUCUGUCAAUAUUAAUUUUGCUUCCAGUUUAACACUGGACAUGAUCAACGUCCUGAAGAAAAGUGUCUAGCUUCUCCUUUUUGAAGGAAAAGAAUCAGAGUCUUGAAACAGUGACUGAAAUUGCUACCAACAAUUUCCCCCCCACACACACAUACUCCCCCCACACACACCCUCCCUUCCUCCACUGUUUAGUACUUGGUCGGUCCUUGACCUGCAAUGGCUGUGUACAUGUAAAUGGACAACUGUGAAAGUUUUGUUUUAGCUGCUUCAUAAUGCAUUUGUUUCAAGCUGUCAGCAAUGGAAACAAGAAGUCCUAAUUUGCUUGAAGCCAAAAUGUUUUUAUCUGUGAUGAGAUGUUGAGAAGAUUUUCAUUGCUUAUCUAACAUUGUAUAAACCAAAAUGUUUUUUCCCCAAAGCUGUAACCUUAACAGAUCCAAGUGUUACUAAUCAUGCCCUUGUCUCCGAGAAUUAUUAUUCCAUUCAGUUACAUUGUGGAUAUGGCAGACAUAAUUCCUCUGACCUUAAACCUAAGUUCUUUAUAAUAUCUUAACUGUUCUAAAUUACUUAGUCUGUCAUCAAAACCCUGAAACAAAUAUAUCUACCGGUAAUACAGCUAUUGAAGUCUGUAAUAGUUGGCAAAUAUAGAUUACUCCAGUUUGAAAUGAAGAGAGUCUCUGGGCUCCUUUUUAUUAUAUUUUUUUAAGAUAAUUUAACUUUUUUUUCUGUUAAAUAUUUUCAUUUCUGAAAAUAGAUGUUAGUCUGUAAAUAUGUAUGUUUCGAGAGCUACUUUAUAUUUUAAAGGUAUCCUCAUGCUGUUGGCUGAUCUCUGUGAUCCUAGAGGACGUACAGCUAGUGCUCAAUGAGACAGUAUUUGGACAAUGACUAGUCACACUCUUUGUCAGGAACAAUCCAAGAAGUCUGAAGUUCAUAGUUUCAUACAUUGCUUCACAAUUCAAAUUUCCUGGGAUGAAAUAUACAUUGUGUUUGCCAACUGUGUAAUACGAGCUAUUUACGAGAUAUUUGGACAUGUUAUUAAGAGUUCCAGAAAUUUCUGAAUGAACAGCUUUACUGAUCGAUCUUGACCCAUACGUUUCAGUGAUAAUGACAUGCCAUGAUAGUUUAGCAUCAGCCAGGCUCAUUGCAUCACUCACAAUCUGCAUCAUAUUUUUGUGGUUUAUUUGAGAUAAUGUUUUCUAAGCGUACUUCAAAUUGGUGAGCGAUAGUCUUGUGAGAAAAAUCAACAUGGACAUGUUACAGUAACAUCGAGUAAUACUAAUAGCAGCUUGCAACACUUCAGUGGUGGCCAUGUUGUUCCUCAAAGGGUCACCACUCCUUCUAUCUCACAAACUGGAGAUUUUUCAGAUUAUUGAACAGGAUUUGGAGUUCAAUCCCAGCUUUGAUGAAAAUGUUAUGUUUACAUCUAUUGCUUUUGAUUAAGAGUCUAAAACAGUGGCAGUGACAAAACAUAAAUGAUAAAUGUUGCUAUUAACCACACUCAGGUCAAAACAUGAUCUUUCUGUAAAACUUUAUAUUUUUCAGGGUAACGUACAUUCUGAUAUUCUUUGGAAAAUGCAAUCUUUGUAUUAACCCUAUUCUUUGCCCUCAUGUAUGUUAUACAUGUUAUUAUUUUAAUAUAUUAUUAUCGUGCACCAGUGUAUUGUUUCCAUCAUCCGGACGGCAUUGUUGACAUCAUUGGAAUUUUAUUGUGACGAAUGAUGUCAGACUAGAAACAAUGUCAAAGUUGAAGAUUGUUGACUGAUUUUACGAAACCUUGUGUAAGAAUUCAUGUUUUACCCUCUCUCUCCCACGGGAAAUACAAGAAUUCUGACACUCGUUUCAUAAAAUCAGUAUGACACACAUGAUCGUAUAAUAAUCUCUAUCCAGACGUCGUAGUUGAUAUCAUGGGUGGAACGUUGACAUUGUCUCUGUGUUAUGUGGGUAAUCAUUGACUGCUGAAUUGGAAGACAAACUAACUUGGAGACGAAGAACAUGUUCGAGGGCUGUGAAUCUGAUUUGUUUGUCUGCCCAUUAGCCAAGCAUUGUCCCCUCUAAACAGUGGUUGUUGACAGGUGGGACAGCCAAUGAUUCCCAGACAGAAGAGCCCAAUAUGGUAAUGAGUGAGAUGAUGUUCACACCUCGGCUAUUAUUUCUUCUUGUAUUUACAGCAGGGGAAGCAGGAGAUAAUCUCAUAACUUAUAGUUUAUGUUUUUGUGUCAUGUUGUGCCAUGUUGUAAACUGUACUUGAGUCUUAUGUUGGGACCUUACCUUUAUUCUACAGGUAAUGUUGGCUUACCUUGAUUCUACAGGUAGAUGUUAGCUUACCUAGAUUCUAAAGGUAAUCUUAGCUUAACUUGAUUCUACAGGUAAUGUUGGCUUACCUUGAUUCUACAGGUAGAUGUUAGCUUACCUAGAUUCUACAGGUAAUGUUGGCUUACCUUGAUUCUACAGGUAAUGUUAGCUUACCUUGAUUCUACAGGUAGAUGUUAGCUUACCUUGAUUCUACAGGUAAUGUUGGCUUACCUUGAUUCUACAGGUAGAUGUUAGCUUACCUUGAUUCUACAGGUAAUGUUGGCUUACCUUGAUUCUACAGGUAAUGUUAGCUUACCUUGAUUCUACAGGUAGAUGUUAGCUUACCUUGAUUCUACAGGUAGAUGUUAGCUUACCUUGAUUCUACAGGUAAUGUUGGCUUACCUUGAUUCUACAGGUAGAUGUUAGCUUACCUUGAUUCUACAGGUAAUGUUGGCUUACCUUGAUUCUACAGGUAGAUGUUAGCUUACCUUGAUUCUACAGGUAGAUGUUAGCUUACCUUGAUUCUACAGGUAAUGUUGGCUUACCUUGAUUCUACAGGUAAUGUUGGCUUACCUUGAUUCUGCAGGUGAUGUUAGCUUACCAUAUUUUCUUGAGUAUAAUGUGCACCCCCCUCUAGCGGAUUCAGUACUUUGAAAAAAAAUAAUUCAAAUAUUAUGCGCAGAAAAAUAAUUACACUGUAUGCCUUCACCAAAUUCUGGUAAAUGAACGGGUGAUGAGAAACUUGGUCAGUACAAAUUUGAAAAUAGAGAUAAAAAAAUCACCAGACAUGUUGAUUUACCGUUUAAGUUGUAUUUUUUGUUCUGCUAGGCAUUGUUUUACAUCCAGGGAUUAAGAAUACCUUGUGAAAUUUCUUGUAAACUAAGCCGGAAACAGCAAUCAGCUGUACACACGUUUUCUUGGAAUCUACCGGUGAUUCGGUCAAGACACACCCAAUGAUAUAACUUUACAUUGUUUUAAUGCAAGGAUCGGGAAAACUGUAUCUGAAACUAUUUUUUUUUUAUCAGGAAUAAUAUCUUGUUAUUUUAGCCGCAGUUUUUACUAAAUAAUGUAUAUUAAAAAUAAUUAUAACCCUAAGCGAAGCAGCUGAUCGCUAUUGCCGGUUAUCAUUUUUCACAUGGAACCAGUUUGACCAGUCACCGUCGAGGCUCCUGUGCACGUGAUCUCGAGAACUACAUGUUGACAUAUAGCGGUAAUCUGUUUGUGGAUGUGGUUAUAACGGUGAGUUGUGCAAUCUUCCGAUCGCUUCACACACGAUUUCGCCGAAAUUAAUUAAAACAAUAUUAAAAGGAAUUUUUAAUAAAAUUUAUGAAAUAAGUUACAAACAUAAGUCCAGGUAUACAAAGAACACUUUUUAUAGCCAGAGUGUGUGAUUACAUGAUUAAUUUGCAUACUUCAGUAUGGAUUUGUUGACAUGGUAUUUCCGGUGUUACGUGCUCACAGGUAAUGUCUUUCCAGGGGGG